CCGAAAACGCGGCCGAGCCCGGAGCCCGGAGCCGGAGCCAGAGCCUGGACCAGAACUUGGCCGCCGCCUGCACCGCCGCCGCCGCCCGCCUCUCCUUCCCCGCGCCGCCGCCGCCGCCUCGGCCGCCACCGCCGCGAGCUCAACCGCCAGUGGUCCGGGGGACUUUGGGUGUCCGGGCUGAAGGUCGGUCCGGACGUCGGACCCAGCUCGGUUCCCGGACUGUCCGGGCGGCAGCGGACGCCCCAGCCGCCGCCUCUUCGUCGCCUCAGCCUGGCGUUUUGUUCCGACAGACCCGAGAGGCGAGCGGAGCUGACAGUGAUUUUGACAGUGAUUUAAACCCGCUUUUGUUGUUGUUGGCUUUUCGUUGUUUGGUUUUGUGUGUUGUGCUUGUGUGUGGCGGUUUUUCCCCCGUGGUGCAUUUUUUUUUUUUUAAUUGUUGUGCUCGCUGUUUUUAUUUUUCAUUUUUUUUCCUUUUUUUCACCCCGUGAACGCUUUUUUGGUCGGGGCUUCCGAAUAUGUUUUAUGACGGUUGAUUUUACACCAGGAGGUUUGUUUCCGAGGAAGACCCAGGGAACUGGAUAUCUAGCGAGAACUUCCUACGGCUUCCCCGGCGCCUCGGGAAAAUGGGAGCUGCUGCAAAGUUGGCGUUUGCCGUCUUUCUUAUCUCUUGUUCUUCAGGUGCUAUACUUGGUAGAUCAGAAACUCAGGAGUGUAUUUUCUAUAAUGCUAAUUGGGAAAGAGAUAGAACCAAUCGAACUGGUGUUGAAUCCUGUUAUGGUGACAAAGAUAAACGGCGGCAUUGUUUUGCUACCUGGAAGAAUAUUUCUGGUUCCAUUGAAAUAGUGAAGCAAGGUUGUUGGCUGGAUGAUAUCAACUGCUAUGACAGGACUGAUUGUAUAGAAAAAAAAGAUAGCCCUGAAGUAUAUUUUUGUUGCUGUGAGGGCAAUAUGUGUAAUGAAAGGUUUUCUUAUUUUCCGGAGAUGGAAGUCACACAGCCUACUUCGAAUCCAGUUACACCAAAGCCACCCUAUUACAACAUCUUGCUCUAUUCUUUGGUGCCACUUAUGCUAAUUGCGGGGAUUGUCAUUUGUGCAUUUUGGGUGUACAGGCAUCAUAAGAUGGCUUACCCUCCUGUGCUUGUUCCAACUCAAGACCCAGGACCACCCCCACCUUCUCCAUUACUAGGUUUGAAGCCACUGCAGUUACUAGAAGUGAAAGCAAGGGGAAGAUUUGGUUGUGUGUGGAAAGCCCAGUUACUCAAUGAAUAUGUGGCUGUGAAAAUAUUUCCAAUACAGGACAAACAGUCAUGGCAGAAUGAAUAUGAAGUCUAUAGUUUGCCUGGAAUGAAGCAUGAGAACAUAUUACAGUUCAUUGGUGCAGAAAAACGAGGCACCAGUGUUGAUGUGGAUCUUUGGCUAAUCACAGCAUUUCAUGAAAAGGGUUCACUGUCAGACUUUCUUAAGGCUAAUGUGGUCUCUUGGAAUGAAUUGUGUCAUAUUGCAGAAACCAUGGCUAGAGGAUUGGCAUAUUUACAUGAGGAUAUACCUGGCCUAAAAGAUGGCCACAAACCCGCCAUAUCUCACAGGGACAUCAAAAGUAAAAAUGUGCUGUUGAAAAACAAUCUGACAGCUUGCAUUGCUGACUUUGGGUUGGCGUUAAAGUUUGAGGCUGGCAAGUCUGCAGGUGAUACCCAUGGACAGGUUGGUACCCGAAGGUAUAUGGCUCCAGAGGUAUUAGAGGGUGCUAUAAACUUCCAAAGGGAUGCAUUUUUGAGGAUAGAUAUGUACGCCAUGGGAUUAGUCCUGUGGGAACUGGCUUCUCGCUGUACUGCUGCAGAUGGACCUGUAGAUGAGUACAUGUUGCCAUUUGAGGAGGAAAUUGGCCAGCAUCCCUCUCUUGAAGACAUGCAGGAAGUUGUUGUGCAUAAAAAAAAGAGGCCUGUUCUAAGAGAUUAUUGGCAGAAACAUGCUGGAAUGGCAAUGCUCUGUGAAACGAUAGAAGAAUGUUGGGAUCACGAUGCAGAAGCCAGGUUAUCAGCUGGAUGUGUAGGUGAAAGAAUUACUCAGAUGCAAAGACUAACAAAUAUCAUUACCACAGAGGACAUUGUAACAGUGGUCACGAUGGUGACAAAUGUUGACUUUCCUCCCAAAGAAUCUAGUCUAUGAUGGUUGCACCACGUGUACACACUGAGAAACAGGACUCUGAACCGGAGCUGCUAACGAAACUGCUUACAGUUUAUUUUCUGUGUGAAAUGAGUAGGAUGUCUCCUGGACAUCUCAGAAAGAAGACCCUCAUUUCAAAAGGUGGCUCUGGGAGACUUAAUGGCAUUGCCUGUAGCAGAGACAUGAAGGACAUGAGACUAAGAGAAAAGUUGCAAACUCUAAAAAAAAGAAACUUUUGAAGAAGUGUACAUGAAGAAUGUGGCCCUCUCCAAAUCAAGGAUCUUUUUGGACCUGGCUAAUCAAGUGUUUGAAAACUGACAUCAGAUUUCUUAAUGUCUGUCCGAAGACACUAAUUCCUUAAAUGAACUACUGCUAUUAUUUUUUUUUAAAUCAAAAACUUUUCAUUUCAGAUUUUAAAAAGGGUAACUUGUUUUUAUUGCAUUUGCUGUUGUGUUUCUAUAAAUGACUAUUGUAAUGCCAAUAUGACACAGCUUGUGAAUGUUUAGUGUGCUGCUGUUCUGUGUACAUAAACAAAGUCAUCUAAGUGGGGUACAGUAAAGAGGCUUCCAAGCAUUACUUUAACCUCCCUCAACAAGGUAUACCUCAGUUCCACGGUUGCUAAAUUAUAAAAUUGAAAACACUAACAAAAUUUGAAUAAUAAAUUGACCCAUUUUGUAACAA